UGGCUUUGUGUGCGUGUGUUUUGUUUAGGUGCCGUCACAGACUGGAUAAAUCACUUUUUGGGACAGAAAAUGAGCUAUUAAAUGGCUCCUGUGGAUUGUGAAAAGCUACUAAGCUUGUGAAGAGGAGUGUCACUGUGCGAGCCAGAUAAUUGCGCAUUUAGAUUGGCCUGGUGUCGUGCGUGCUGGUCACUGGAGAGCAUCCUUCGGAAGCUAACCUGAAAAGUCCGUGCUGGGCGGUGUUUUAAUUGCACUGAGCUGGCUUCUGGGGGCACUUGAGCCGCCCGAGGGGCCACAGAGUCGCCCUCGUGGUGUCUAAGGGCAAGAUAAGGGGACAGUUUGUUGGACUUUGUGUUGGGAAGUGUUGAUUUUCCGCGGAUUUCUCGAAGCUAUUUCCCGCUAAAUUGAUCAUUCGACCAAUGGAUUCCAUAAUUGUAUUGGACUCGUCAGAUGAUGAGAUGGAGCCUAAGCCGCCGAUGCCGAAGAAGCAGAAACUGACGGCGACGAUCCUUCCUACUCCUGUGAAGCCCAUUUGUUCGGUCUCUCCGAAGAUCAUCAUACAGACCAUCACAUCUUCAGCGGACUCCAGACCGAGGGUGAAGGAGAUUCGCCGCAUUACGCCCAUAAAAAUCGCUGAAAGGACGCCAGAUAAGGAGAAAAUCCGCCACUUUGGCGACGAUGAAGAGUUCAGUCCGAUCUCCUCGCCAAUUUCCCGAGACGACAGGGAGAAGAGCGAUCCCUCUGCAAGCACAGCAGCUCACGCCAAGCUAGAUGCCUCAGAAGAUGAGGAUGCCGAUGAGGUGCUGCCCAUCAAUCCCACAUAUCAAGAACUGCUGGACAUCUGCCGGGAAUCAGAGAACACGCCAGACAUGGAGAUGUUGAUAGAUAAGAAACUCAUUCGCUACUAUCGUGACGUCCAUCCGGACUUUGUGAAUUCCAAGAGCUUCUGCAAGACUGUGCGCAGUGUGAUUGAGGACAUCAAGGCAAAUCCGGGGCUGGUGUACCUCAAGAUCUCAAGCAUCCUCGAGGAGCUGAACACCAGGCGCAAGAGUCGUGACAUCGUGAUGGUGAGUGAUGAGCCCACGAGUUCGGUGAGUGAAAAGCGUCACGGGCAGAUCAAGCGACUCAGCAAGGCGCUCUACUAUCUGAAGAAACGCAUCGCUCGUCUCGAGGAGACGGAAGUGGACUUCAACGAUGACAGCCACUCAGCGCACAUCCAAGCGGAACUGUACAAGAAGCGCGCUUGCCAGAUAUACGAGAAGAUUUGUGAUUUGACUGGCGAAAGUAAAACAGCCCAGAGAGCCGUCCGCAAGCCGAUCCGCUUCCAAGAGACGGACUAUCCGGAAUUCAACCGCGCCCUGCAGAUGUUUGUCAACCGCACAAAUGUCUUCCCCGACUCAAUGGAUGUGUACAAGUGUUUGGAUCACUGCAACAAGCAAUUUGGCUUCGGCCUCAGGAAGGAUGAGCUAAAGAAGAUCGCUCAAGAUGCAUUCGUGAAGAUCGGAAAGUUGCUACAGUGUCGAAGGAAGGCGGAUCUGUACGAGACAGUGAUGCAUUUCACGGGAUCCGAGAAGGAUCCUGCGCUGGUGGACAAGGAAUUAGAGGCGAAGUUGCAAGAGAACAAGAAGCAUUAUUCAAAAAUCAAUGAACUCAUUGACAGUUUCGCCAAGAGACAGGAAUCUGAGGCUAAGGUGAAGCAAGGCGAUCCUGAGACAUCAUCUUCGGCUGUUUUGCCGAGUAUUGAUGAAGAAGGUGUAAAAGAUGCGAGUUCAGGCGGAAAAUCAUCGCCCAAUGGCUUCAAUUUGGCUGAAAAUGAGACAGUGAGGAGUGCCGUCGAAGACCCGGAUGAGUGCAUAAUUGUGCUCGACUCAUCUGAUUAUCCAAAGAAUGACUAAGGUUUAGAUAAAGUCACUAGUGUACUUCCGCUCACCGACAAAUGCGGUGAAUCGCGUGAAGGCAUCCGGAAGGAUCUCAACAAUCGUACGAUCGAAUGGAGCUAAUUUGUGAGCGUUUUCUGUAAAUAUAAGAGACAUUUAAUUUUAUGGAAAAUCA